CUUCUUCAAGUCUUGACUCAUUCUCAUUUCUUCAUUCUCAUCAUCGAUCGAUCAACCCCCUCAGCACGCGUCAGACUCACAAAUUCAUCCUUCAUCCUUCAUUCUCAUAUCCUACCACUCCUUUCUCUUGACCUCUAAAACCCUUUUAGAUCAUCAUCAUAUCAAUUGAUCGAUCUCAAUGGCCGAACACGCCGAAGACCUCAUUGACUACGACGAGGAUGAUGCUGGUCUCGCUCCUCCCGUCACCUCUAUUACCUCAACCACUAAUGGUGGCGCAAUUCCUUCCAAUGGAAAGGACCAAAAGGGUUCUUAUGUCGGUAUCCAUUCAACUGGUUUCCGUGACUUUUUGCUCAAGCCUGAGCUUCUGCGAGCAAUCAGUGACUUGGGAUUCGAGCACCCUUCCGAAGUCCAACAGGAGUGUAUCCCUCAGGCCAUCCUAGGAAUGGAUGUCUUAUGUCAGGCUAAAUCUGGAAUGGGAAAAACUGCCGUUUUCGUCACCGCAACCCUCCAACAGAUUGAUCCCAAAGAUGGCGAAGUUUCUAUGCUGGUUCUCUGUCACACUCGUGAAUUGGCCUAUCAAAUUCGAAACGAGUAUGCUAGGUUCAGCAAAUAUAUGCCCGAUGUCCGCACUGCUGUCGUCUAUGGUGGUGUCUCAAUCAAGCAAGAUGCUGAUAUGCUGAAAGCUAAAGACAAAUGUCCCCACAUCAUUGUCGGUACCCCUGGUCGUUUGAACGCCUUGGUACGGGAUGGACUCCUCAAGUGCAACACCGUUCGCACCUUUGUUCUUGACGAGUGCGACAAGAUGCUAGAAUCUGUUGAUAUGCGCCGCGAUGUGCAACAGGUCUUCUUGGCUACACCUCAUUCUAAGCAGGUGAUGAUGUUCAGUGCGACUUUGAGCAAGGAUAUCCGACCGAUCUGUAAAAAGUUCAUGCAGAAUCCCCUCGAAAUUUACGUUGAUGACGAGGCCAAACUAACCCUUCACGGUCUUCAGCAACAUUUCGUCAAGAUCGAAGAGGCUGCAAAGAACCGAAAGCUCAACGAUCUUCUCGACACUCUUGAAUUCAAUCAAGUUUGUAUCUUCGUCAAGUCGGUUUCUCGUGCGGUUCAAUUGGAUCAAUUAUUGCGAGAUUGCAACUUUCCCUCUAUCGCUAUUCAUUCCGGCCUAGGUCAAGAGGAGCGAAUUGCAAGAUACAAACAGUUCAAAGCUUUUGAAAAGCGUAUCUUGGUUGCAACUGAUAUCUUCGGUCGAGGAAUUGAUGUUGAACGGGUCAACAUCGUCGUUAACUAUGACACUCCCGGAGAGGCCGACUCCUACCUCCACCGAGUCGGACGUGCUGGUCGAUUCGGAACCAAAGGUUUGGCGAUCACAUUUGUUGCCAGUGAUGGCGACCAGACAGUGCUGGAUGCCAUUCAAUCACGAUUCGAAGUAGCCAUUACGGAAUUACCAGAUCACAUAGAAGCAAGCUCUUACAUGAACGCCUAAGCUGUCUUUUAGCUCAUCAACACGGAACCGGUAAUACUCGUGCCCAAAAUACAAUGAAUUAUUAGUGCAGUGAAAGUUGUUAGCAGUUGGAUGGCGUAUGCACGCUCUGAUGUUGAAAUCACAGCCGGGUUGUUAUUGGUUGAUUUCGCUCCUACUGUGUUUCAAAGUGGGAAAACCAAGCACACAAUGAUGACAAUCCUCAGAUAUACCUUUUUAGUUCACCAGUAUCCGAUCCUCAAACACAUCCAGUGCUAUUUUCAAUCAUUGACCAGUGAGGUGUAUAAAUUGUUCAUUGUACUACAAAAAAUUGAAUUCUGAACCCACUUCGAAGUGGAGUUGUGCAAUGCU